AUGGAGUCCGCCGGUCUGCGAGACGAGCUGAACUGCCCCGUCUGCCUGGACGUUUACACCGAUCCCGUAAUGCUGACCUGCGGACAUAACUUCUGCCGGGGCUGUAUCAGGACUGUGCUGGAUUCCCAGGAGAGAUGUGGGCUUUAUAGCUGCCCCGAGUGCAGGACGGAAUACCCGGAGCGGCCGGCUCUGCAGAGGAACCGAACGCUCGGUAACAUCGCGGAACGUUUCCUCUUCACGCGGCCGGGUCGGGAACAGGCGACGGUCUUCUGUACUUACUGCGUUCACGCUUCUGUACCUGCCUCCAAAACCUGCCUGCAGUGCGAGACCUCUCUCUGCGACGUCCACCUCGACUUACACAAUAAGUCUGUGGAACACGUCUUGGUGGAACCCACCGCUUCCUUGAAGGACAUGAAAUGUUCUGCCCACAAAGAGGUUCUGAAAUAUUACUGUGCUGAAGAUUCUACCCCCAUUUGUGCGUCUUGUAGUCUGGCCAAAGAGCACAGGGGGCACGUGGUGGAACCGCUGAACGAGACCGUUUCGAAGAGGAAGGAUAAACUGAGGCUUGUCCUGGAGACGCUGACCUCCAAGAGAGAGAAGACCGAGAACGAAUGUCAGAGUCUGCAGGGACAUCAGAAAAAACUCCAACAAAAGUCAACUCGUCUAACUCAACGAGUCUCCGACCUGUUCGAAGACCUCAGAAAGCAACUUGAAGACCUUGAGAGGAAGGUCCGUGGUGAGAUCUCCAUGCGGGAGAAGGAGGGUUCACUCCAAAUCUUUGACUUAUUACAGAAACUAGAGGCAAACAAGGAGGAGCUGGUCAAGAAGAUCCAGCACAUCGAGGAGCUUUGCAGAUCUUCUGACCCAUUUACUGUCUUACAAGGAUGGAAACUCUACAGCGGCGACUACCUCAAGGCUGAAGAAGAAGAAGAUAAUGAAGAUCAGGAGAGCCUCCACCAAAACAUAUGUGCUGCCGGUGACCUGGACGAAGGUCUUCUCUCUGCGACCAUACACACCGCUUUAGUUGAUAUCGUCACCAAGACGAAGAAAGGGCCUUGUGUGGCCGAGGUCUCAGACGUAUCGGGCAAUGUGGCAGGAGGUGAGAAACUUAUCUCUGUUUCAUCAGGACAACAAUACUGGGAGGUGGAGGCCAGCGAGACGGGCAUUUGGAGAAUUGGGUUGACCUAUCCCAAUCUGGAUAAUGAGGAUGACCAGUCCAACCUCGGUGAUGACAAGAAGUCCUGGUGUUUGUACAUGUUUGAUAAGGAUUACUCGGUGAUACACAAUUCAAAGCAAAAACCUUUGCACCCCGACUCUCCUGUAACGAGAUUGGGGAUGUACCUGGAUUACGAGGCCGGCCGGCUCUCCUUCUAUCAAAUCUGUGACCCUAUCAGACACUUACACACCUUCAUGGCCACGUUCACCAAGCCGCUUCAUGCUGCCUUCCGGGUCCACGUGGGUGGAUGGUUAAGAAUUAGGAGCCAGAUGACUCUGAUUUAGAAUGGUGUAAGAGUUUAUGAUUUUUUUUCACCUUUAUUCAAGCAGGGAUUCCAGCUAUAAUUAAAUAAAAGAACAGGAAAAUUCAUACAUUGCUACAUGAUGGAGAGCUGUGGGCAGGCACUGGUGCCAAAUGGAGAGCUGUAGGCAGGCGCUGCUACACGAUGGAGAGCUACAUGGUUAUCCUAAAGGAAGCGCAAUCCUUCAAGCCACUGUCCCCAAAGAGUUUCCCCUCCUCAGGUGUUUUUCUCUCCUGAGUGCUGAAGAAUGACGCUUCGGUAGCUGUCACCAUGUCCAGCUCUGAGGCCCAUUGGACUAUCCAGCUUUUCUGAUAUAAUUAAUGUCAAAUAAAUUGCAUUCUAAUUGAAUGGUUAUUUGUCUCUGUUGUGUUUUUUAAUUCUGUUAACUAAACAUAGCUGUUACCGUUUGUAAUAAAAAUGAUGAAUGCAUGG